AUGAAAGAUCUUGGGAAACUAAAAUACUUCCUUGGGUUAGAAGUUGCUCGUGGUCCAGAUGGUAUCUUUGUCUCACAACACAAGUAUGCGUUGGAUAUCAUCACUGAGUGUAGUUUGUUGGGCGCUAAACCAUCUCCCACGCCUACUGAACUGAAUCGCAAGCUUGUCAUGGCUGAUAAGACUAACUCUCAUACGUUACUGACUGAUCCUAGCAAGUAUAGGCGGCUGAUCGGUCGUCUUAUAUAUCUUACCUUCACCCGGCCAGACUUAAGCUACAUUAUCCGUAUAUUGUCUCAGUUCAUGCAAAAACCACUUGAAGAACAUUGGCUAGCAGCUCUACGUGUGGUUCGCUAUCUAAAAGGGACGUCUGAUCAAGGUAUUAUGUUGCAGUCUAAGUGUAAUAUGCAGAUAAAUGCCUACUGUGAUGCGGAUUGGUCUUCAUGCCCUGCCACUUGCCGUUCGCUUAGCGCAUAUGUUGUUUUUUCUUGGAGAUUCCCUUGUAUUCUGGAAGACAAAGAAACAGAGGACAGUCUCUCGAUCUUCGGCUGA